AUGCCGCGCAUGUCACUGCAGGAAAAGCUAUUGCCCCAGCCCCCGUCUUUCCAGAAGAAACUAGCAUACGAGAUUCAUGAAGAGCUCGGCAAGGGCACCUUUGGCAAGGUCCUCCGCGCGACUUGGACCCGCAAAGACGGCUCCAAACUCGACGUGGCGCUUAAAGCCAUAUCCAAAAAGCGAGUCAAGGGAAAUGAAGCUGCCGUAUGGGGCGAAAUGGAGGUCCUCCGUGGCCUCGAUAACCCCCAUAUCGUCAAGUUUUACGAAUGGUUCGAGUCCCGUGAAAAGUACUAUCUCUCGUUUGAACUCGCAGUUGGAGGCGAACUCUUCCAGCGCAUCACAGAGAGAGGAAAAUUCACCGAAUCAGAUGCUAUCGCCGUCAUUAGGUCCAUCUUAGACGGAGUCGCCUAUCUUCAUGCCCAUGAUAUCGUCCACCGUGAUCUCAAACCCGAAAAUAUCCUAUAUCGCACCAAGGCUGCCGAUAGCAGCCUCGUCAUCGCCGACUUUGGCAUUGCAAAGCACCUUCAUUCAUCCGAUGAGCGCUUGCAAUCCCUCGCUGGCAGCUUUGGUUACGUCGCCCCUGAGGUCCUCAGCAGCAAAGGCCACGGAAAACCUGUCGACAUAUGGAGCACAGGCAUCAUCACCUACGUCCUUCUAUGCGGUUACUCGCCCUUUCGCGCAACUUCCCAAGCCGAGCUCGUCGAAGAAACUAUGCGCGCUCGCAUCGAGUUUCACCAAUCGUUUUGGAGCCAUAUUUCCCAGAAUGCCAAGGACUUUAUCAAGCACCUCUUAAACCCCGAUCCCUCACAGCGGCCAACAGCUGAAGAAGCCCUUGCUCAUCCCUGGCUCUCUCCGGAACCUUCCUCGCCCCUCCCCGAUGUCGACAUCUCCUCCGGCCUCCGCACUAAAUACACCCCUCGACAACGAUGGCGCAACGCAAUCAACACGGUCCGCGCGAUGCAACGCCUCUCGUCUACCAACUCUGUCCUCACCACAUCCACAGUCAGCAGUAUCCAAACUCCUACUGUGGAUAGGCCCCAGCCCAGCCGAACGUCCAGUCUCGCUGUCCCACUAAACUCAGCAAUGACUACUUCAUCCGGUGGCUGGCAAAACGAAGAUGAACAACUCCCACUUCGAAAAGUCACUUCGAUUCCGGGACCAGAUCUACCCACUUCCUAUAUCGCAUCUCCACCCGCUCCCAGGAGGUCCAUGUCGGUCGAUACGACUCACAAACCAGAUGAAAAGACAGAUGCGGACGAAGGCGAUGCAGACUCCCUGUUUGCCAUGCCUGGGUCCUUUGACUGGAGCGGAUCGAGUCGGAGCCGGGAGCACCACCGAAAGAUGCUCGCCGAUGCCGACGCGGUCUCGGCCCCCAUUACCACUCCCCCACAGAGCCCCCCUGGAGAGGGAUUUACCGCCAAAUUGGCAAGGAUGCGGCUCUCUUUGGUAGGCUACUAG